AUGGGCGGUUGGAGCGUGGUGGUGAGAGCCGGAGUAUACGGACCACGACGGGCAGCCAGGAGUCUCGACGUCGAAAGACAAGAAGAAGAAGAAGAAGACAGGUUUGAUGCUAUCGAGGACGAGGGCCGAGAAGGGGGCUCGAGGGGGACGAAGGAGACGAACAAGGGCUUUCGUCUGCUACGACGCGGGAGGAUCAAGGGGAGGCCAGAAGGUGGACGGCAGGGAGACGAGCAGAGGCGGCCAGAAAGGAGGACCAGAAGGGACCGGGAAGAAACAGCGAGACGAGACCAAAGAGAGAGAGAGAGAGAGAGAGAAAAGAGUAAGAGGGCCAGAAGAAGACGAAAGAGACAAGAAGACAGCCAGAGAGAGAGAGAGGAAGAAGCACAUCAACGCUGCCUCAUGGUCUGGAGCGAGCUGAGCCAGGCCAGGAGAGGCCAGUCAGAGGGCGGAUGCAGGCAGUGGGCCAAAACGAUACGGGGACAGGAAAAAGCAACCAUGAACCUAUCUGGACACGCUCAUACAGAGGAUACAGAGCAAGGAGGCCCUCGAGAGACGACGGCCAGGCAAAAAGAAGCAAAGGAAACGGUCGAAAAGUGGCUGAUAUCGGCCAAUAUCAAACUGUGGCCCCCUUGUGCUGUGCUGCCCUGGGGUCUACUACGGAGGACACACACUACACUAGUUACCGACAUGUCUGUCCUCGCCCAUUCCACCCAACACUUUUACUUACGGAGCAGAGCACCCAAGAAGGGGGGAGGAAAAGAAAAAAGCAGAUUCCAGACGGGAGAGGUACAGCGUCAAAGGGGACGGAUACAGCAGAUACAGAAGAGAUACGAUACUAGCUCCAAGGGCCGAUGUCUGGCCCACCGGCAUCAACCAGGUCCUCCCUUUCUCCCACCCCCGGCCAAUCGACCGCUCCUCAGGCCUUGCUCGCCGCUUGCCUGGUCGACACCACACUCGCACACCCCCUAG